UGGAUUCCUUGGGAUAUGCAGUGUCUUUUGAGAAUUUCAGAUCGGCACCCCUAUAGUAACAGAGCUGGAGAGUUGCCACUGUUGUUUUCAUGUUUUGAAAAGGUGCUGCAUUUCUACUGUGACACUUGUUCAGUCCCUAUCUGCCGGGAAUGCACCAUGGGACGACAUGUGGGUCAUAGCUUUAUCUACCUCCAAGAUGCCCUCCAGGAUUCCAGAACCCUCACCAUCCAAUUGCUAGCAGAUGCUCAGCAAGGGCGCCAAGCUAUUCAGCUGAGUAUUGAACAGGCCCAAGCAGUGGCAGAACAAGUUGAGAUGAAAGCGAAGGUGGUGCAGUCUGAAGUCAAAGCUAUGACAUCUCGAGUGGAAAAGAUUCGUCAAGUCAAAGCCAAAUCCCUCUACCUGCAAGUUGAAAAGUUGCUUCUGGCUCGGGACCGCAUGUUGGCUCAGGUGCAGGAGCUGAAGAAUGUGAGAGGCCUUCUACAGCCACAGGAAGAUGACAGAGUCAUGUUCACUCCUCCUGACCAGGCUCUCUAUAUGGCCAUUAAAUCAAUGGGGUUUGUCAGCAGUGGGGCUUUUGCUCCUCUGACCAAAGCCACUGGGGAAGGUCUCAAACGUGCACUACAGGGCAAAGUGGCCUCCUUCACAGUGAUAGGUUAUGACCAUGAUGGUGAACCACGCCUUUCGGGGGGUGAUAUGAUCUCUGCAGUGGUGAUGGGCCCUGACGGAAACCUGUUUGGUGCAGAUGUCAAUGAUCAGCAGAAUGGCACCUACCUGGUCAGUUACAGACCACAGCUGGAGGGAGAGCAUCUAGUUUCGGUCAUGAUGUGCAACCAGCACAUAGAGAACAGUCCAUUCAAGGUCAUGGUAAAAUCUGGGCGCAGUUACAUCGGCAUUGGACUACCAGGGCUUUCGUUUGGCAGCGAGGGAGACAACGAUGGCAAACUGUGUCGCCCCUGGGGAGUUUGCGUAGACAAAGAAGGGUACAUCAUUGUUGCUGAUCGCAGUAAUAACCGUAUUCAGGUGUUUAAGCCUUGUGGUACCUUCCACCACAAAUUCGGCACCUUGGGCUCCAGGCCUGGACAGUUUGAUCGCCCUGCUGGUGUUGCCUGUGAUAUCUCGCGUAGGAUUGUUGUGGCUGACAAGGAUAAUCAUCGCAUCCAGAUCUUUACAUUUGAUGGGCAGUUUAUUCUGAAAUUUGGGGAAAAAGGAACCAAAAAUGGCCAAUUCAAUUACCCAUGGGAUGUGGCAGUCAACUCCGAGGGCAAAAUCCUCGUCUCUGACACGAGGAACCAUCGGAUUCAACUAUUUGGACCUGAUGGUGUGUUUCUGAAUAAAUAUGGCUUCGAAGGGGCACUCUGGAAGCACUUUGAUUCGCCAAGGGGUGUGACUUUCAAUCAUGAAGGCCAUCUGGUAGUAACAGAUUUCAACAACCAUCGGCUCCUGGUCAUCCAUCCAGAUUGCCAGUCGGCACGCUUUCUUGGGUCAGAAGGCACCAGCAACGGCCAGUUUCUGCGCCCGCAAGGCGUGGCUGUGGAUCAAGAGGGGCGCAUCAUUGUGGCAGAUUCUAGGAACCACCGAGUGCAGAUAUUUGAGUCCAAUGGUAGUUUUUUAUGCAAAUUUGGCACUCAGGGAAGUGGCUUUGGUCAGAUGGACCGUCCUUCAGGUAUAGCUGUCACCCCUGAUGGCAUGAUUGUUGUGGUUGACUUCGGAAACAAUCGAAUUCUCAUUUUCUAAUCUGUUAUCUGAGUUAGGAAGAAACUGUCUCAGGGAAAUUCUUUUAAGAGAACGAAAAAAUACAACGUUAAUUCAAACCUACCUCAUCUUUAAUUUUUUACAGAUGAAUGUACUUAUCUUUUCUGUAGGGAGUGAUCCUGUAAAGUUAUAAAUUCUAUCUACCUCAUUAUCUUUGUGUUCUUCCCCCUCUUCCCCAGCAGUAAAGUUUUACCUCUACCCCACAUGGGACAUCAUGCACAAAGAUGUGUUGCUGUGCACAUUAGGUGGUUGCGUGGUGAAUUCUGUAGACUAAGCCAAAAAGGCGCACUCUAAUUUUUUUUUUAAAUGGGGGAAAAAUCAGUUGUAUUAGAUAUUUGUAGAGAAUUUAUGUUCUUAAUCGUACUGUGCUUUUGUGGGGGGAGGGUUGUGGGGAUUUGGGUUUUUUUUUUUUUUUUUUUUUUUUUUAAUGCUGCUGCAGCAGAGAACUUUUUCCUGUUCUCCUUUUUAUACCUCAGUGUGUUUGAUUUACUGUUCAGCAUAGUGUCUUGUUUCCAGAAGACUUUGAUCUUUUUGUGGAAGGUGGGUGGGGUUCACUAGUCAGGAAAAUCAAGUUUAUGUUUUGAAAAGUGCAUUAAUCCUAUAGCACAAAGUGAAGCCCCUAUGAAAAUGCACAGGUUUUUUUUGGGGGGGGGGGGGAAUCGAUCAUUUUUGGUGAUUUAGUGUAGUGUUUGUCAUAAAAAGUAUAAUGGAAAAAAGCAGGAAUUUCUGUAAUGUGUUCUUUAGUCUCUAAUUUCUUUAUAGCCUUUGAUUAUUAGUGACAAUUUUAAAAACAACGUUCCAUUCUUCCUCCAUUAUGUGUUGGUCACCCUUGUAUAUCGAUGCCUGAUACAAUGAGCAUCAAAACAGGGAAGAUUGAACCCUUGAGUUAAAUUUAUUUUUGUGUGAAAUGGCUGUGGGGUUGUUUUGGUGUUCCCUUAAAAAGCUUUAAUUAGGGGAGUAAAGAUUAAUAUGUUUGUCCGUACAAAUACACUUCCCCAAAAAUGAACAUAAAGCACAACUUUGGAAAUUCAGGGUGCAUUUCAGAGAAAAAAAAUCCAAUCUCAAAAUCCAUCAGUGAUAUCAGCUGAACUAUUUGUUCUCAUUCUCGCUCUCUUUUUCUCCCUCUCCCGUCAAAUAAAAAGUUAAAUUGAAAGAUUCAAAGAACAUUUUUAACGUACAGGCAUGGCCCCUGGUGAAAGAGAGCCAGCACGGGGCAAAAUGGAGUCACAUAAAGCUCUGUAUCAUCCAUCCAUAACUGCUCCAAAAACUGCAUUUAAAAUGGGGACAGUGUCUAAACCCUAGACUGGUUACAUGCUUUAAACUCAAGAGUUUAGCUUCAACAAGGAUGGGAAUUCUUGGCUUUUUUGGAAAGCUGAGAUUUUUUUUUUUUUUUUUUUAAGAGGGGCUUCAAUUACCAAGCCAUAUGACUUUGCUUCCCUAGUGGAAUAUGGUCCACCUUUCAGUAGCUUGAAUCUGAAUAUCUUAGCUAUUGAUGUUGAUAUGAAUUCUCAAGAAACUGCCUUCCUUUCUGGAUAGGAUCAUAAGUGGCAAACCAUAAAGACAAAUUUAGGGAAUGGAGAGCUUUUGCAUCGUGCAGAAAUUGAAGAGUUGGUGCAUCAAUUAGUGUUUUCCCCUGCAGUGGUAUAAGAGUUGUGUGUUCUCUUCCAAUAAGAGAAGAGCCCUAAAGGAGAAGAGAGGUUAUUAACUAAAAGGCUGAAGUGCCUCACCACAGGUACAGGAGAAAGGAUUCAUCUCUUUCCCCCAACCACCACACACAAGCAAUCUGAAAUAUUGAAGGACACUCUUCAAAUUAAUGAGAAAUUUCAAGGUGCACUUUCACUUCCUACUGCUGCUUUUCCUGUUACCAUAACAACUCCCAAGAAAUUUAAUUUCCUGUUGUAGAAAUCCUAAUCAUUUGUCCAAGUUUACGACAGCAGCCACUUAAGAAGUGAGGGUUUUAAGAGGUGGACAGAGAAAAGGGAGACAGUGAGAUCACAAAAACCUUUUUAACACACCAAAAAACCCCUAAAUUAUACAGGAUAAUGUUAUACAGGAUAAUGUAACAGUGCUACUUUCAGCUAAUACCUCAUGAAGUAAAUGCUCAGCAAUGGGUGUCAGCUGGGCUUAAUUUUAAGGAAUAAUGUUUAAAAACAUAAAAAUUAUCUUUUAGAGAGAGCUCUCAUUAAACUUGUAGAUGGCUCUUCAGAAUGCGUGUUAGUUUUCACAACCCACUUUCCUUCCUUUUGUGGUAAAGUGUAGUUGUGAACGUCUAUAGUUUUUGUUUUGUUUAUGUUUCUCACUGAGAGAAUUAUUUGUAACUUGGCUGUGAGAACCAAUUAGACUCAAAGACCUAGAUACCAAAGAUAACUGGUUGAAAGCUUUAAUUUGACAAUUUGCAGAAUACCUCCAUUUCACCUCUGUCUUGUUAAAAAUGCUUGGCCUUUUUGCCUUCACCUGUGUGGUUGUCUGGGCUGGAUUUAUGCCAGAAAAGCUAUUCUGCUUAAUGCUCGUGGAUGUUGCCCUUUUGUAUUUUCUGUUCUCCCUGUGCCGCUGCUCCAGCCCCACCACCCCCAUCCCUGGCAUUCUAAAACAAGUAUUUAGUUGCUUCUGGCAUGCUUUGAGUUGAAUUGUAGUAAAAUUCUUCUUGUCGGUCUCCAUCACUACAUUGCAUAGAGACCUGACAGCUGGUAGAAUUCCAUUGACCUUCAUAAUUUCAUAUUAUGUUGCUGCACAUGAUUGGAGAAGGCCACAAAUCUUGUCUUUAUUUUGGGGAGGCACAAUGUCUUCCUUUAAAGUUGCUAGUUAUUUAAUUCACUGGAUCUGCUUACAGCACAAACAAAACUAUUUGACUUUGAAGUGUUAAACAUCGCAUGUUGGGAGGCUUUUGUUUUUUAAAAAAACAGCUGUAUGGCUGCCCAAAAUAUUUCCUAUACUGUUACUGGAGUAGGUAGUGCUAAGCACACUUGCUCUCAUUGAAAAAUAUUAGUGUAGCUUGUAAGAUGGAGUGUUUAUAAUGCAAUGAGAGUAAGUAGUGUAAUAAUAUAGGAAAAGUUUAAUGCCAACAACAUAUAUCCCAUAGGGGCUUGUUUGUUUGGUGUAUAAUUGGUAGGAUUUCAAAUUUGGCUGACAAUAUUCUAGGUAUGCUCAUGGACUAUUGUUGGAUAAUGCCUCCACUGUCCUGAUGUGUGUAGAAAACAGGUGAAUGGACAGGAGUGUAGGAAAGAUAAGAAAUGUUUGAUGCUGGGUUGCAAACUCCUGCUUUUUCUUAAAAUAUUCAGGAUGAUUUUCUGAGCUGGUAGAAGUGGAUUAGAGGAAGGUUAGUUUAUUUUUUUUCCCCCUGGGCUCUAGCUUUGGAUCUAUAGACUUGUGCACUAAAUGCUCUUAAAGGAAUUUAAUUGUGCCAGGUUAAACCAAUGUUGGCCGUCAGUAAAUUUUCACUUGAUGAAAAGUUAUCAUCGGUUAACUGUCAUCCUCUCCUAAUUCAGCCAUAUUAUGCAGUCCUGUAAUUUCAAAACUGUUUCAGGGAGAGUUUCAAUGAUGUACAGGCUAAGGGCUUGUGAGGCAGCCAUGAUGCUAGAUAAUGCAGUACCCUCCGGUAAUUCACUCCUUUAAUUUAUACCCUUUAAGUAUAACUUAUAUGGGGAAGCCCACAAGUGCAUACCACAAAGAGGGAAAAACCUAAAAGUUAGUGUAUGUUAGGGCCAAAAAUAAUCAAGUUUAGAAACAGAAGAAGGCACUUGGUUGUGGCAUUCCAUUGGAACUGCUGGCGAUCGACUCAGUCUGUUUAGUUAUAGUUAAGCCAAAUUAAUUUAUUUCAAGAGCAGUCUUUAGGCUUGAUCCAGCCAUAUGUUUUAUUUCUUUUGAAGAUCAUAAGAUUUCUAUGUUCAGUUCUGGUUUUUUAAAAAAAAAAGUGUGCCAAAGUGUUUUUAUUUUUAUUUUUAAAGGAGUGUAUCCAAAUGGUGCCAAAAGGUAAUAGGGUAUUUAAAAAAAUAGAGAUGUUUAGACAAACAGUUUGGAGCUGUCUAAAAAUUAAACACUGGUACUCGCGUUAGACAAAUAUUGUACCUCAGGUCCUUGAGUCCUUUGGAGAUCAGUGAAAUCCAGUUUGCUGUGGUACAGAAUGCACAAAUAGAGACCCAACUGGUUUUGUUUCUUAAAGUUCUACCUCACCAUGGAGAAGCAAAUCAUCUACCUCAGUUUAGUAUCAGGUCUCAGAAGAAAGUGUUAGUCUGCAAGCAGGGGAAGGGUUCAUCCUGCUUGUGGGAUAAGAAGUUUUGUUUAAAUGGAAAUAUUAGAUGUGUACAAGUGGCAAUUUUGUUGUUUGCCUCCCUGUGAAAAUGUUAGACUGCCCUUGCGAGAUAAUUGUAAAUAAAACCAAAUAUUUGUACACUCAGGCAAAUCUAAUUCUAAUCAUCCUCCUAUAAGCUUGAUUCAUAUUCACUGGAAAUUAUGCAAACUGAAACUGUUUUUUUUUCAGUAUUAUGACACUACUGGUCAACAUGACAUACUUUGUGUCUUUAUUUGCAGAGUUCUUAUGUCCUUAAGACCUUUAGGUCUUCUCUCUACAAGAGAAAAAUAUUUUAUCUAUUUUUGCCUGCCUACAAAUGUACCCUGACAGAAAAGACUCUCAGGGUAUAAUUCCUUAAACGCAAUGCUAUACCAAAUGCUUGAAGGGAAUGAGAUUGAAUUUUUGACUUGGUGAUUGUAUAUGUAGUUUUCUUGAUGCAACAGGAUGUUUUCCACCAUGACAAGUGCAACCAAGUUCCUGUUCCUGAAAGGUAGUUCAGAGGGAAUGUUCUUACCAGCGGCACCCCUUAUGUUGGGUUUUUAUUUGACUUUAAUAGCGGCAUUCAACAGCCCCAUUAUUUUACAUGUGGAAUAAAGUUUAGAGAAGUACAUUAUCAGGUUACUGUAUUAAAAAUUCAUGUUUUUCUCCCUUAGUCAUUGAGUGACAAAAGUUAGAAGGGUGGGUACAGAAAACCACUAAUGGUUAUAUGCUGUGUUGAGUUUGGUAAAUGUUAUGGUGGAAAAUGUACCUUGAUGUCUUUUUAAGUGAUCUUACGGGUUAACAAGCCAGUUUGGCAUCUUUUUCCAUCAUGGUUUAACCAAUAAUGGUUCUAAAAAAGCUUUGUGUACCUGCAUGGUCUUAGACCUUCUCUUAAUGAUUGUAUCAGCUUACAAACUCAGGUAGAUAUUUUUGUUUGAAAGCUCAUUACAGAGCCUUACUGAUUGAAUGUUAUGUGUCUAUGUAGUGAAGUAGGGUAGAUACCUUUCUUUAAACUACCAGACCAGUAAACUCCUUUAUAGGUUUAUAGGAUACUUCUCAGUCUAUGUAGUAGUUUCCUUCAGAGGAAGAGAUCUCCUGUUUUGAGUUUUGCUUUUUGUUUUCUUCCUAAAAUGACUCAAGUUUUUAACUAGUUUGUAAGGUGUGUUUAGUCACCCAAAUUGGGGGUGGGGGUGGGGAGGGAUCUUACUGUAUGUGACUGUUGUUUGUAUUGUUCAUUACUUGUCAUGCCUGUCUUGGUUGGUGGUUGAUAUAUUUUAAGUAAUAAGAGCGAGGGCCAUAAAUGCCAUCUAAUUUGGUCCUUUGUUCAGGCAUCGAUUCACAGAAAUUGGAACCAUCAAAAACAAAUAGCUCUGUCCAAUUAAGACCAGCAACAAAUUCUGUAGCAAGUUUAAGUCCUCGCUUGAGUUACUGUAGAUACAAAACCACCUUAUAAAAUACAAUUACUAAAUUAGAAGUACUGUCAUCUUGAUGUAGUUCAACACAGUAAUGCUACAAACACCCAGAAUGAGUCUGUCAGUUCUUGGAAGUUGUGUGUUUUGUAAUUGCUUUUGUAGUUUCCUGUUCUGCUUCACUCUGCUUUUCUAUUUUAGUGAUUUAAUCAUGCUGUUUUCCUAAUAAUAAAAAAAUUUGCUGUGGGACAGACAGUGCACUGAGCAAUACAUUAAAAACAGAGCAUUUAUAAGUGUUAACAGAACAGAUGAUGUUAAAAAAAAAACCCUUCCAUUAACACAACCCCCACAUUCCAAAAAAAGGGGUUAACUUGUCUAUAUAGACAAAAAUUGCUGGGGUUUGUAACUUAAAAUGUUACAUAUAGCAAAGAAGAAAGCAUGACAGGUCAUGAACAAACUGUUACAUAGAACAAACUAACAUUGUUAGAGAACUCUUGUGUUAAUGGAGGCUUCUGAAUGUAUCUUUGUGGUCCAUAGAGAAGGCUGAAGGAUGUAGCAAGGAGAUGCUGUAUCAGCUACUGGCAGCCUUAAAACAAAGUCAGUGUCUCUCUGGACUUUAAAAUGUUCCUAUGCAGUUUAUUUUAUUUUUGUUUAAUCAAAUAAAUGUGAGUUUUUCAUGGCAA